GAACACAACAGAGUUUUGACCCUUAAGACACCUGCCAGUGCUGAGCACCUCAGAUUUCAAACAAGAUAUUGUUUUUGUCAUGGAAUUGACCAAAAUGUCAGACAUGACAAAGCUCCACCAGGCUGUGGCUUCAGGGGACUACAAUUUAGUGAGAAAGAUUUUGAAAAAAGGUCUCUGUGACCCAAACUACAAGGAUGUGGACUGGAAUGACCGAACCCCCCUUCACUGGGCAGCAAUCAAAGGGCACAUGGAGGUGAUGCAGGUCCUUCUAGAACAUGGAGCCAGGCCCUGCCUGGUAACUGAUGUGGGCUGGACCGCAGCUCAUUUUGCAGCUGAGUCAGGCCAUGUGAAUGUGCUCAAAGUUCUCCACGGACUGCAUGCCCCCAUCGAUGCCCCCGACUUCUUUGGAGACACGCCAAAGAGGAUCGCACAGAUCUACGGGCAGACCGCCUGUGUGGCCUUCCUGGAGAAGGCUGAGCCCGAGUGCCAGGACCACCGGCGCACCGCCAGGCAGAAGGGGCUGCCUCUGGACCAGCAGGACGAAGACUGGGAUGCCAAGAAAAGGGAGCUGGAGCUGUCUCUCCCUUCCUCGAAUCGAAACACUGAUAAGAAAACGAAUAAAACAAUUCGAGCCCCCACCAGGCUGGGCCAUAUGAAGGAGAGACGGGUGUGAGAAGGACAGCAUCCUCGGCGGCCCUAGCAUGCAGGUCGGCUGCGGGGGACUGUCCCUGGACCAGAGUAGGAGUUGUGAGACCUGUACCGUCAUUAUGUGAUGUUACUUAGAGACCGUUACCCAGAUGACUUCUUUUGGUAGCUCAGCACCUGCCAUUGGAUCUGAAGCCUUGCUGGGUGUUCUCUGCUGGAGCAGCUGCCUCCCUGCUGAGGUGCACUGUCCCCAGGAAU